UGGGUGAGUAUAUAAACAGUUUUCGGAAAGUUUUUUCCCAUCAGAUUCUAAAUUUGACACACUCGAGUUCAACAUGACCAAGUACCGUCUUCACUACUUCAACGCUCGCGGAUAUGCAGAGGCUUCGAGAGCUAUGUUCCAUAUGGCCGGCGUCGAAUUCGAAGAUGUCCGAUACGAAAUCGAUGACUGGAUCAAGGAAGAAAACACCCUUAAAAACGAGAUGCCGUUCGGGCAAAUGCCUGUGCUAGAAGUCGACGGUGAGAAGAUCCCACAAUCCGUUGCAAUCGCUCGCUUUGUUGCCAAUCAACUUGGAUUUGCUGGACAAACUCCGGUAGAGAAGGCCUGGGCUGACGCAUUCACCGAUCUUUACAAGGACUUCUUGAUUGACAUGAAGCCAUGGGCAAUGAUUGCCUUUGGGUAUCCUGGUGCUGCUGGGGAUCGCGACGAGUUGAAGAAAACUUCGUUGGACCCUGCUAAGGAGAAGUAUUUCAAGCUUCUGAGCAAGAGAUUGGAGAAGAGCAAAUCUGGAUUCCUCCUGGACAGUGGAAUCUCGUUUCCCGAUCUCUUCUUCUUCGAAACCACAACUUCUUUGAUUGAGUUGGAAAAAGGAUUUUUGGGAACCGAUUUCCCAGUAGUCAAUGCCUACUUCAAGCGUAUCGCUGAGCACCCGAAGCUCAAGCCAUAUUUGGAAACAAGACCAUACUCUUCAAAAUAAUUUUUUUUGGCUAUUUGAAAUGUUUUUUUCAUGAAUUGUAAUGUUUUUGUAAACUAUUUGAUAAAUAUGAACAUUGGAAAUG